CCCUAAUGUUUACAGAAUAUAGUCAAGGGAUCAGGUCCUGAAAAAGUGAUUCCAUUUGGGUCCUUCUUCUUCACGGUUCUUAUCGAUUAUGCCCACUAGCCUUUCGUAAAACUGAAGAUGGGCCAAACCUUAUUAAUACCAGCUGCUACCGUCGAGGAGACCCUCACCUCUCCCUCCAUCGAAGAUCCCUUCAAGAAGAAGAAGGUCACCUCCUCCGUCGUCGACGUCCAGAAUCCUACCAAUACCCCAACUUUCGGCUCAAGACUAUUAACGGACGAGGAAAAAGUCUUCGAACACAACGCCUGGGACCACGUCGAAUGGGGCCCCGAACAAGAAGCCACUGCGCUCGAAAGUAUCGAGCGACAACUCCAAGACCCCGUUCCCGAACAGGACAAGGAACGGUAUAACGGUGACCCAGCCUCCUUCUGGGACGCAUUCUACUCCCAACACAACGAGAAUUUCUUCAAGGACCGCGCAUGGUUGGCGCAGGAGUUCCCUGAACUCGCGGCGUGCACACUCCCCGAGGCCGGGCCCAAGGUGGUCGUGGAGGUCGGGUGUGGAGCUGGUAACACGAUGUUUCCAGUCCUCAAUAACAACAAGAACCCAGAUCUCAAAGUCAUUGGGUGUGAUUUUUCGAAGGAGGCGGUAAGGGUCGUAAGAGAGUCGCCGUACUUUGACCCUAAACAUGCGGGGGCGGAGGUUUGGGAUUUGGCGGAGCCGAGUGGGGCGUUGCCGGUUGGUGUCGAGCCCGGAUCGGUGAAUAUCAUCGUAUUGGUCUUCGUACUCUCUGCUCUCGCACCAUCACAGUGGGAGCACGCACGCAGAAAUAUUAGGACGAUGCUCAAACCCGGCGGUCUCGUCCUCUUCCGCGACUACGGCCGCUACGACAUGACUCAACUCCGCUUCAAAAAGAACCGCCUCCUUGACUCCAACUUCUACAUCCGCGGCGAUGGCACUCGGGUCUACUUCUUCACCAACGAUGAGGUCGAGGGGAUUUUGGGUGGGGAGGGAAUGGUUGUUGAGCAGAAUGCGGUUGAUAGGAGGAUGAUUGUUAAUCGGGCACGGAAGCAGAAGAUGUAUCGGAUUUGGUUGCAGGGGAAGUUUAGAAAGGCGCUGGACAACUAGAUGGUGUGGUAGAGUUGGAUUAGAAAAGACUUUAGCGCUCGCUCUCUCGUCUAGGGUAUAUGUUGGACCACUGUCUCCGCUCUCACACAUCUAUGCUCUCUCAUCGCUGAUCUCGUACGUGACUCAUGCUCCCAACUUCGGCUGAGCCGCAAAGAACUCAUCAUCCUUCAACACCGCAUACGCCGGUCUCUC